AUGGCAAAGAAGUCGAAAUCAACAAGCAAUGGGAGUGCAAUGAGAAAGAAAAACAAGAAGAAGAUGAAGAUGAAGAACAAUUUGAGUGCUCUGAAUUCUGUAGCAAUGAAAAGCAAGGUUCCAAAACCAAAUCCUUUUGAAAGCAUUUGGUCGCGUAGAAAAUUCGAUAUCUUGGGUAAGAAGCAAAAGGGUGAAGAACGCCGUGUUGGGCUCUCCCGCUCCAUAGCCAUUGAAAAGAGGAAGAAAACGCUGUUAAAGGAGUAUGAGCAGAGUGGGAAAUCUUCAGCAUUUGUGGAUAAGAGAAUUGGGGAGCAAAGUGAGGGGCUUGGUGAGUUUGAUAAGGCAAUUCUAAGGUCUCAACGUGAACGGCAGUUAAAAUUGAAGAAGAAAAGCAAGUAUAAUCUAUCUGAUGGGGAAGAAGACGAGUUUGACAUUCAAGGCAGUGGUUCCUUUCCAGAAAGGGAUGAUUUUGAGGAUGAAGUACCAUUCGAUGAGGAUGAGGAAGGCAAAGCAUCUGGGAGUGAGAAGAGGUCAACUAUUUUAGGACAACUUGAUCUCCAUGGGGCAGAGAGUGAUCUAGAAGAAAGACUCAUGGCACAGGAAAAUAUGCCGAAGAGCAAGAAAGAGGUGAUGGAAGAGAUUAUUUUAAAAAGCAAAUUUUUCAAGGCUCAAAAAGCAAAGGAUAAAGAAGAAAAUGAACAGUUCAUUGAACAAUUGGACAAAGAUUUUGCAUCUUUAGUUCAAUCCGAGGCAUUAUUAUCAAUGACACAACCCAACAAAAUGAAAGCUUUGAAAGCUCUUGUAAACAAGAAUAUUUCUGUUUAUCAUGCAGAGAAAGAAGGAACCAGUGCUGCCCAGGACAAAUUUUCUUCUCAACAGGAAAAACCUGAUUCAUAUGACAAACUUGUCGGCGAGAUGGUAAUGGAUAUGCGUGCUCGGCCUUCAGACCGUACAAAGACAUCUGAAGAGGUUGCUCAAGAGGAGAAAGAGCGUUUGGAGAAGUUGGAGGAAGAACGUCAGAAGAGGAUCUUUGCCGGUGAUGACUCCAGUGAUGAAGAUUCUGAUGCUUCCGAAGAUAAGGAAGCUUCCUCUAAGAAGCUAAGAUCAAUAUCUGGAGAUGAUCUUGGUGAUUCAUUCUCUCAGGAUGCAGUACCAAAAACUAAAUUGGGCUUGAUUGCUGACAUCUUGAGAAGUGAGAAUGAUAAUGAUCUUGAGAGUGACGAUGAUGAUGAUGCUUCUGAAGAUUCAGAAGAUGACGAGGACCAUGAUGAGGACGAAGGGUCUGAUGAGGAUGGUAAUGAAUAUGACAAAACUCAAUCUCUCAAGGACUGGGAGCAAAGUGAUGAUGACAAUGGUGACAGUUAUUCAGAGGAUGGAGGAGGAGGAGAUGAAGAAGAAAAAGAAGAUGAUAUUGGCAUACAUGUGGAGAUGACAAACGAUAAGAUGUCAUCAGGAAGUAACGGAAAACAAAAGGACAGCUUGGAUGCCCGCAAAGUGAAAACGAAUAUCAAAAAGGAUUUACUUGGACAAGGGGAACUUCCCUAUACAAUUGAGGCUCCUAAAACCUUUGAAGAAUUUAGCGCACUAUUGGAGAAUCGUUCUGAUGAUCAAAUUGUUGAAGCUAUCCGGCGAAUUCGUACAUUUAAUGCAAUUUCUGUUGCUGCAGAGAAUAGGAAGAAAAUUCAAGUAUUUUAUGGUGUGUUAUUGCAAUACUUUGCUGUUUUGGCUAAUAAAAAGCCGCUGAAUUUCAAACUACUAAAUUUGCUUGUCAAGCCACUGAUGGAAAUGAGUUCAGAGAUCCCAUACUUUGCAGCAAUAUGUGCUCGUCAAAGGUUGGUUCACACUCGGACCCAGUUUUGUGAGGAUAUUAAGAAUACAGGGAAAAGCAGUUGGCCUUCUUUGAAGACACUAUUUCUCUUGAGGCUGUGGUCGAUGAUUUUUCCAUGCUCUGAUUUUCGUCAUGUGGUCAUGACACCUGCUAUCUUGAUGAUGUGUGAAUACCUUAUGCGGUGCCCUAUAAUGUCUGGCCGGGAUAUCACAAUUGGUUCCUUCUUAUGCUCUAUGGUGCUUUCUAUUAGUAGACAUUCUCAAAAGUUCUGCCCUGAGGCAAUAAUGUUCAUACAAACUUUGCUAAUAGCAGCUUUUGAUAAAAAACAAGGACCGUCUGAAGAUUCUAAGUUGUAUCGUCUUAUGGAAAUUAAAGCACUUAGGCCACUGCUCUGCUUGCAAGGUCAUGUUGGCGAGAUCAAUACAUUGGAUUUCCUAAUGUUAAUGGACUUGCCAGAUGACUCACCUUAUUUCAGCUCUGACGUUUUCAGGUCCAGUGCGCUUUUUGCUAUUAUUGAAACACUGAAAGGAUUUGUCAACAUUUAUGAAGGAUUUAAAUCCUUUCCAGAGAUAUUCUUGCCGGUUUCAAAACUACUCAGUGAAUUAGCAAAACAAGAUCACCUACCAGAUGCAUUACUGGUUCAAAUCAAAGAUGUUGCCCAACUUAUUGAGAAGAAAGCACAGGAAUACCACUUGCUGCGCCAACCAUUAAGAAUGCGAAAGCCAAAGAUUAUUAAAACUGAAGUUCCAAAGUUCGAAGAAAACUUUGUAAAGGGAAGAGAUUAUGAUCCAGAUCGUGAGCGAGCUCAAAGGAAAAAAUUAAAGAAACUUUUAAGACAGGAAGCUAAAGGUGCAGCCCGUGAAUUGCGGAAAGAUAAUUACUUCUUGUUGGAGGUUAAAGAAAAGGACAAGGCGCGAUUGGCAGAAGAAAGAGCUGAAAAAUAUGGACAAGCUAAAGCUUUUCUCCAAGAACAAGAGCAUGCAUUUAAAUCGGGACAAUUGGGAAGAAGCAAGAAGAGGAGGAGAUGA